GUUGUUCCUCCCUUUCGUUCCAUUUUCUUUAUAGAUUGACCAGCCUUCCUUCCCUCCUUCUAUAGAGCAGUCUUCGGGAUGAAUUCAUUCCUUGCCAGGGCCGCUUCACUGACUCCGGAAGAAAUCCAGAGAGAAGUGCCAUACCAUUAUAUCCCGACAGAAUGGAUAUGCAUAGUAUUCGUAGCCCUAUUCGGUGUCACCGGUGUGAUCCAUGUAGCAGAAAGUCUCUUCUUCCGCAUGUGGUGGCUCUUGCCCACGGCUGGCCUCGCGGCUGUAGCAGAGGUUGUAGGCUGGGUCGGCCGGCUGUGGUCCAGUCAGAACCCCACCUUGUUGACCCCAUUCCUGAUGCAAAUCACUACGACUAUCAUCGCUCCGACACCGCUUGUCGCGGCUAACUUCGUUAUCCUGGGCAGGAUUAUCAAGCGGUUAGGCCCCCAGUACAGUCGUUUGGGUCCCGGACUGUAUACUAUCAUUUUCUGCUCUUGUGACAUAAUUGCGUUAGUGGUACAGGCUGUCGGUGGUGCUUCGGCAUCGACCGCAGCAGAGCAACAUAGGAAUGCGGACCAGGGUGGCCAUAUCAUGCUGGGAGGUAUAGUGUUCCAGUUGGUGGCUAUCUGUGUUUAUGUGGCAUGCGCAUUCGAGUUCCUCGUCCGGUACGCACUCGAUCGGCCGGUGCGCAAGGUGAUCAGCAGUGCCAGACAUGGUUCCUCGACUACCCUGGACGAUCAGCGGGCUGUCCCCUCGCCGUCUAGAGGCCACAUGGACCGGCCCCUGGCUUUGAUGGUGUUUGGGUUGGGACUCAGCACCAUCUUCAUCUUUAUACGAUCCGUGUAUCGAACGAUCGAGCUCUCUGACGGUUGGGAUGGGAAGAUCAUAUCGACACAGGUUUACUUCAACGUACUUGAUGGUGCCAUGAUCGUCCUUGCGUCAUUCACCCUGAACUUCUUCCAUCCUGGUUUCCUCCUGCGAGCCUCCGAGGAACCCACGGAGCCACAGUUCGAGAGAGAGCCGAAGAGAUCGUAUCAGGCCUCGGUGUAGAUGCUUUCUUCAUCAAUCUUUUGGAACGUCCGGAUAUAAUUUCCGAUUUUGCUUUGUAUCGUAUUGAAUACUAGUAUUUAUCACGUUAUAGACAUACUUUAUGUCCUUGUUACAGUGGAACAUUCUUUGGAAAUCGUGUAUAGUACUCGUAUCGUAUAGUGUUGUGAACAACCAUUAACCUCC